GAGUAGCUGCUGUGUGAUUCAGGUGGGGGAGGGAUGAGGAAGGUUUAUAAAUAUCUCACACAGCCUCAUUUUAUUAUUUUUUUUUUUAACUUUACAUAUAAUAAUUGAAGGGGCGGCCAUCUUGGUUCCCUGUCAACUUUCCUAUUUGAUCUGAAUAAAAAUAAAUCCCUGAUUCUUCUUACUACAGAUUUUUUUCCCUCACCCCUCUCAAGACUUUUUUUUUCUUCCUGAAUUUUUUUUAACCCCUUCUAACUUUCUUAAAAGGAGGAGGGGGGGAAGUAAGACGAGGGGGGGGUGUUGAGAUUUAGGAUUUUUUUUUAAUGUUUUUUUUGUGCUGGAUCACAAACAAAACAGGAGGUUUUUUUGGACAAAGAAAGAAAAAGAAAAUCAGAUUUUUUUUCUUCACCCCCCCUCUUUUGUGUUGAUGUUUUUAACCCCCCCCCCCCCUCCUAAUUUUUUUUUAUGAUUUGUGAGGAAUUUUCUGAGGAGAAUUGUCGCCAAUACCGUCGGAUAAAGUCAUCUUUUGGGUGAUUUUCGGAUUUUUUCGCAGUUUUUCCUGUCAGGAAACUUUACCGUGAGGAAACCGAGCCUGAGAAGCGGCCGGGGCCGAUGUCCUCCUCCCCGCUGAGGGACGUAGAAGAAGAAGGCGAGGAGGAAGAAGAGGAGAUGGCCGUGUCCGAAGAAGGGGACGGCGAGAAGGAGGAGGAAGAGGAUGAUGAUGAUGAAGAAGAAGAGGACGGAGAGGAGGAGGAAAGAGAAGACGACGACAACGAGCCUGAGGCGACACCGACUCGCCAUAGCCCCAGCCUUCUUUUCCCGCCAACGUCCUCCAGGGAGCCGGGGAGCGUUGAAACCGACGACGCGCCAACCGUCGCCACCGCCGCAGAAGAUGAAGAAUUGUCUCCGGUCCCUUCUCCUGAGAUCGUCAUCAAGAAAAAGAGGGGACCCAAGAAGAAAGACAGAGACAAGGAGAGAGCGCCAAGAGCUGUAAAAGAGCGGAAACGCAAAAAGCCGGAAAGUGAUGACGACCUUAAUUGGGACGAGGGGAUCGGAGAUCAUGUCUCUCAGGAUAGCGACGCUGAGACUGGAGGAAAGAAAAGACGAAAGAAACAUAAAGAAAAGAAGGAGAAGAAAACGAAAAAGUGGAAGAAAGCUGAGGUGGUGGAAGAGCGCAAGGUGGAGCAGAAGUCCUCCGCAGUGCUGCUGGCCAGCUGGGGGUUGGAGGACGUCGAUCAUGUUUUUACGGAUGACGAUUAUCAUACACUAACAAACUACAAAGCCUUCAGCCAGUUCAUGAGGCCUCUCAUUGCCAAGAAGAACCCCAAAAUUCCCAUGUCCAAGAUGAUGACCAUUCUGGGUGCCAAGUGGCGGGAAUUCAGUGCCAACAACCCUUUCAAGUCGUCACCUGCGGCAGUGGCAGCGGCGGCGGCAGCAGCUGCGGCAGCAGUGGCCGAACAAGUCACCCUCCCUGCUUCUGCCAGCGUUCCCCAGGCAAUUCCAAUGCGUAGAGCCAAGACCAAGGAGGGCAAGGGUCCGGGCCACAAGAAGCCGACCAAGAGCACCCGGAUGCUGGAGCCCAAGAAGAAGCCUGGCAAAAAGAAGAUGACCCUUCUGAAGAUUAAACUGGGUGGAGUGAAACGCAAGGCUGGCAGUUCGAGCGAGGAGAUGGAGCACCCAGAAGUGUCCGACAUGGAGAACUCCAGCGUCCACAGCUCUUCUGCCCCUUCAGACGGUUCAGGAAGAGUAAAGAGAAAGAGAGGAAGACCAGCUGGAAAAAAGAAGAAGAAAGGUAAAGCUUGGAAAGUUGUCAUGGAGGAAGGCAUCUCUGCGGGUGAGGGCUAUGAAACAGACCACCAGGACUACUGUGAGGUCUGCCAGCAGGGAGGCGAGAUCAUCUUGUGUGACACAUGUCCGAGGGCGUAUCACCUGGUGUGCCUUGAACCAGAAUUAGAGCGAGCCCCUCAGGGCAAGUGGAGCUGCCCACAUUGUGAGAAGGAGGGAGUCCAAUGGGAAGCCAAGGAAUUAGAGGAGGAAGAGCUGGAGGAACAUCGGCGAGUUAGGCGGGAAGAAGAAGACGACCACAUGGAGUUCUGUCGGGUGUGUAAGGAUGGAGGAGAGCUGCUGUGCUGUGACGCUUGUGUAUCCUCUUACCACAUCCACUGCCUCAACCCUCCAUUACCUGACAUUCCACAUGGGGAAUGGCUAUGCCCACGAUGCACGUGCCCAAAUCUGAAAGGUCGAGUGCAGAAAAUUCUGCACUGGCGUUGGGGGGUUCCUCCAGAAGGAGUUCCGCUUCCUCAGAUCCCCAAUGCCGAUCCAGAUCAGGAGCCUCCCAAAAGCCUGCAGGGGAGGUCGGAGAGAGAAUUCUUUGUCAAAUGGGCCGGGAUGGCCUAUUGGCAUUGCAGCUGGAUCACGGAGCUCCAGAUGGAGAUAUUCCACACCGUCAUGUACCGUAACUUUCAGCGGAAGAACGAUAUGGAUGAGCCACCGCCUUUUGAUUAUGGCUCAGGAGAAGACGAGGGAAAGAGCGAGAAGAGCAAAGAUGCUGAGUACUCCCACAUGGAGGAGAGGUUCUACAGAUACGGGAUCAAACCUGAGUGGAUGUCUAUACACAGGAUUAUCAACCACAGUGUGGAUAGGAAGGGAACGUACCGUUACCUGGUGAAGUGGAGAGACCUUUCUUACGAUCAGUCGACGUGGGAAGAGGACAGCAUGAAGUUACCAGAUUACGAUUACCACAAGCAGAUGUAUUGGAGACACAGAGAGCUGAUCAUGGGGGAGAGUAACUCCUGUCCCACGAAAUUCAAGAGGAACCACAAAGAAUCAUAUGUGGAAGACAUGCCUAGAUCCCCCACCAAUGACCCCACAGUGAAAUAUGAAAACCAGCCGCCAUUCGUCUCCUCCACGGGGGGCACGCUUCACAUGUACCAGCUGGAGGGAUUAAACUGGUUGCGGUUUUCCUGGGCGCAGGGCACAGACACCAUUUUGGCAGAUGAGAUGGGCCUCGGAAAAACAAUUCAGACUAUAGUGUUUUUGUAUUCUCUCUAUAAAGAGGGACACACCAGGGGCCCUUUCCUUGUGAGCGCCCCACUGUCCACAAUCAUUAACUGGGAGCGCGAGUUCCAGAUGUGGGCUCCAGGCUUUUACGUUGUGACUUAUACAGGGGACAAGGACAGCCGGGCAGUUAUCCGAGAAAACGAGUUCUCCUACCAGGACAACGUCAUGAAGGGAGGGAAGAAAGCCUUCAAGAUGAAGGCUCAGGCUCAAGUGAAGUUUCACGUUCUUCUAACCUCGUACGAGCUGAUCACUAUUGAUCAGGCUGCUCUAGGAUCUAUUCGUUGGGCCUGUCUGGUGGUGGAUGAGGCUCAUCGUCUGAAGAACAACCAAUCAAAGUUUUUCCGGGUGCUCAAUGGAUACCAGAUAGAUUACAAGCUGCUCCUCACAGGAACCCCUCUACAGAAUAACCUGGAGGAACUGUUCCAUCUGCUCAACUUCCUCACUCCAGAGCGAUUCAAUAAUCUAGAAGGGUUCUUAGAAGAAUUUGCAGAUAUUUCCAAAGAAGAUCAGAUCAAGAAGUUGCACGACCUGCUGGGUCCCCACAUGCUGCGACGACUGAAAGCCGAUGUGUUUAAGAAUAUGCCGGCCAAGACUGAGCUCAUAGUCAGAGUGGAGCUCAGCCCUAUGCAGAAGAAAUAUUACAAGUUUAUCCUUACUCGUAACUUCGAGGCUCUCAACUCUCGAGGAGGAGGAAACCAAGUAUCUUUACUGAACAUAAUGAUGGACCUGAAGAAAUGCUGCAACCAUCCCUAUCUCUUCCCUGUGGCUGCAAUGGAGUCUCCCAAACUUCCAACUGGUGCCUACGAGGGAGGAGCUCUCAUUAAAUCCUCUGGAAAACUGCUCCUCUUACAGAAGAUGCUCCGCAAGCUGCAUGAACAAGGACACCGAGUGCUCAUAUUCUCCCAGAUGACCAAGAUGCUGGACCUCUUAGAAGACUUCCUGGACUACGAGGGGUAUAAAUACGAGCGAAUAGACGGAGGGAUCACCGGCGCGUUAAGACAAGAAGCUAUUGAUAGAUUUAAUGCUCCUGGAGCUCAGCAGUUCUGCUUCUUACUUUCUACUCGUGCCGGGGGCCUCGGGAUCAACCUGGCUACUGCAGACACUGUCAUCAUCUACGACUCCGACUGGAACCCCCACAAUGACAUUCAGGCCUUCAGCAGGGCUCACCGCAUCGGCCAGGCCAACAAAGUGAUGAUCUAUAGAUUUGUGACGCGGGCGUCUGUCGAGGAACGUAUAACACAAGUGGCCAAAAGGAAGAUGAUGUUGACUCAUCUUGUGGUCAGACCAGGGCUUGGCUCCAAGGCUGGUUCCAUGUCCAAGCAGGAGCUCGAUGACAUCCUGAAGUUUGGGACAGAAGAGCUAUUUAAGGAUGAAAUAGAAGGGGAUAACAAAGGAGAGGAGGACAGCAGCGUCAUUCACUAUGACCACGGGGCCAUCGCACGGCUUCUGGAUCGUAACCAGGAUGAGACCGAGGACACGGAGGUCCAGAACAUGAAUGAGUAUCUCAGCUCCUUCAAAGUGGCUCAGUACGUGGUGCGGGAGGAGGAGAAGUUGGAGGAAUUGGAACGGGAAGUGAUUAAACAGGAAGAAAAUGUGGAUCCUGAUUACUGGGAGAAGCUACUCCGCCAUCACUACGAGCAACAGCAGGAGGACCUGGCACGUAACCUGGGCAAGGGCAAGAGGGUGAGGAAGCAGGUGAACUACAAUGACGCUGCACAGGAGGAUCAGGAUAACCAGUCUGAGUAUUCCGUGGGCUCAGAAGAAGAGGAUGAAGACUUUGACGAGAGAGCAGAAGGCCGCAGGCAGUCUCGUAGACAGCUGCGCAACGAGAAGGACAAGCCGCUGCCACCUCUGCUGGCACGGGUUGGAGGAAAUAUAGAGGUUCUGGGGUUCAACACGCGGCAGCGUAAGGCCUUCCUGAAUGCAGUAAUGCGCUGGGGGAUGCCGCCUCAGGACGCCUUCAGCACACACUGGCUAGUGAGAGACCUGCGGGGCAAAUCAGAGAAGGAGUUUAAAGCCUAUGUUUCCCUGUUCAUGAGACAUCUGUGUGAACCCGGCGCGGACGGCUCCGAGACCUUUGCAGAUGGCGUCCCUCGAGAAGGGCUGUCCCGCCAGCAGGUGUUGACCCGUAUCGGUGUCAUGUCCCUGGUGAAGAAGAAGGUGCAGGAGUUUGAACACAUUAAUGGACGCUGGAGCAUGCCCGAGCUGAUGCCCGACCCCAGCCUAGACUCCAAGCUGUCAUCGCGGGCCUCCUCACCCACUAUAAAGACCAGCACUACCACUCCAGAGCCCAGCCUCACCAACACCCCUUGCACAUCUAAACCAGCCACUCCGGCCCCCAGUGAGCGAGCAGAAAAUGGGGGAACCCCGGUGGAUAAUGUGGAUCCUGAAAACAAAGACCAGAAAGAGAAGGAUGUGAAGGCGGCGGAGAAGAGAGAGAUAGAAGGCGAUCAGACAGCGAAUGUGCCGCCUCCGACCCCUCAGGAUACAGUGAGUCCAUCUUCCAGCAUUGCUCCAGAGAAAAGUGAAGAGAGACAGGUACCAGAAACCUCAGAUCAGUCACAAGGGAGACAGGAUCCGGGACCUCAAACCCCAGUCGUGGAAGACCGGAACGCUCCUCCGCCUGAGAAACCUCUAGAGAGCACUGCUGAGAAGAAUCUAACAGCAGACAGACCGGACACGGUACAGGGAGAGAUGCCAAGGGGACCAGAGGACCUCAAGUUUGAGAGAGAGACCCUGAAAGAGCUGAAGACCAACAAUCACCGCGAAGAGACGAGGAACAAUGGGAGGAAGGAGGAGGGCCGGCCAGAGAGGCCUCGCUUCAUGUUUAAUAUUGCAGAUGGCGGCUUUACAGAACUUCACACGUUGUGGCAGAACGAGGAGCGAGCGGCCAUCUGCUCAGGCAGGCUGAAUGAAAUCUGGCAUCGCCGCCAUGAUUACUGGUUACUGGCAGGAGUUGUGAUACACGGUUAUGCGCGGUGGCAGGAUCUGCAGAAUGAUCCACCCUACGCCAUUAUAAACGAGCCCUUCAAAUCCGAAACCAACAAAGGAAACUUCCUGGAGAUGAAAAACAAGUUCCUGGCCAGACGGUUUAAGCUACUGGAACAGGCGCUAGUGAUCGAGGAGCAGCUGAGACGCGCUGCCUACCUGAACAUGACCCAGGACCCGUCCCAUCCGGCCAUGGCCCUAAACGCCCGCUUUUCAGAAGUUGAAUGUCUGGCAGAGAGUCACCAACACCUGUCCAAGGAAUCUCUGGCGGGAAACAAGCCGGCCAAUGCUGUCCUCCAUAAAGUGUUGAACCAGCUGGAGGAGCUGUUGAGCGAUAUGAAGGCGGAUGUAACGCGCCUGCCCGCCUCCCUCGCACGCAUCCCACCCAUCGCAGCCAGACUGCAGAUGUCCGAGCGCAGUAUCCUGAGCCGACUUGCAAGCAAAGGGAGCGAGAGCACAGCUCCUCCGGUUUUCCCCCCUGGUCCUUACACCACGCCUCCUCUCUUCGGGGGGCACUUUCCAAGCAACCCACCCCCAGCACCACAUACUGGGACAAAUUAUAAUCAAAUGCCCCUGGGGUCGUUCUUGUCAGUUUCUAAUGGUCCUCCCAUUCUAGUAAAAAAAGAGAGGGAGAUGGAUCUUAUGGAAAGGAAAGAUGGCCGAUCUGGUGAGGUGAUUUGCAUCGAUGACUGACCGCUUUCCCCCCGCCCCCCCUGCCCCCCGCCUGGUGUUCGCUAUUGAAUGGGAAAGCCUUGUGCAACUCCGAGGGGCAGCGGUGACAGAUGUGACCAGGAGUGACGUCUCCGCUCUGAAGCAGUCUCGUCACGCCCCUGCAGGGUCUGUUACCCAUAUUGGCCUGGAAUAGAAUGACGCCUACAAUGAAUCCUUCCCCCAUCCCUGCAGGGGGUGGCAAGGACGAUGGGUCUCUUUCUUCAAUGAGCGCCAGUCAUGUGAACAAGGUGAAAUGGGAUGUGCGUCCCCACUGCCCACCCCACCAAGGGUGACACAGGCAGCAGUGAGCUUGCCCCUCCCCCCCCCCCCCCCUUCUGCUCUUCUUCAGGUGACCCAAGCAAACAAAAUAAGCGGCGGUCUCCCAUAGCACUUCAAGUCUUUUGUCAGUCUCUCUGUCCCUGUGUCCUCUUGCCAAUCGCCCUCUGGUGUCCUCUAUUCUCGCUAAUGAUGUAUACCAUGUAUAUAUAUAUAUAUACAUAUACAAACAUACACACCAUUGCUUUCAGUAUACCUCUGCCUGGCCUUGCAACGCCACACGUGGUUGUUUUUAUUUCAUGCUCCGCUUUUGUCUCCUGAUGUACAUAUAAAUUAUACUUUUUAUUUCA